GCACAAGCAUACAAGCAAGCGAUUGUCAAUGCACAGAGGUCCGGAGUUACAGCUGAGUCCGUCAAAGCAGCGACAAAGGCACGGCAGAUGACAUUGGAGGAAGCUGAGAAGAUUCUGGGCAUUGACAGCUCCAUGGGCUAUGACCAGGUCCUCAAGAAAUACAACCACCUCUUUGAGAGGAACGAGAAGGAGGGUACCUUCUACUUGCAGUCCAAGGUGUACAGAGCACGUGAGCGGUUAGAGCAGGAAUGGGGCGUCAAUUUAGAAGAGGCGACGCAGCAAAAAGAGCAGCAGCAGCACCAGCCGCAUCCGGGUGCGCAUGGGCAGGAACAAGGGCAAAAUCCUCAGCAAUAACCAAAUGGAGCCUCGGGCGCUGUCGUGCUGCACAAAGGACCAGUUGUUCUGUUGUCAAAUUUUGAGUUGUCAGAGUAUCUAUACCUUGAAGGUGAGCUGGAUGUCAUCUUCGGACCAGUCGAAUGCACAUGAUGAGCAGCACAAAUUCUUUUGGUGAACAAGAUUGAAGGCGUUAGCAGAUUAAUCAUGACAACAAAGCAUUUGGAAAGGGCGGCAAGAUCACGAUCUGAGAAGAUAAGUAUUGACUUAAUUCCGGAUGUAUCCUUUGGGGAGACAGGCAUCACACAGUGAAGUCAAUUGAUACUCCUGUCUCUUUGUAAUGUUCGCGUGCACGGUGC